UAAAAUUAUUUCAAGCUCCCUUAUCCGAUCUAGGGAUUUCCCCUAAUUCGACUCUAACUCUGCACGUUCCUGUUCUCGGAGGUAUGCAAGCUCCCGGGGCACCGAAAGCCCGACUCGAAUUCCUUCACACUAGACCGCCCCCGAAUUAUGUUGCUGGGUUAGGUCGUGGUGCCACGGGUUUCACGACCCGUUCUGAUAUUGGACCGGCCCGUGCUGCCCCUGACCUCCCUGAUCGUUCAGCGGUUGGCGGUGCACCGGCAGCUGGAGUUGGACGUGGCCGUGGAAAGGGUGCAGGGGAGGAAGAUGAAGAGGAUGAUGCUGAGGAAAAGGGGUAUGAUGAGAACCAGAAAUUCGAUGAAUUUGAAGGUAAUGAUGUGGGGUUGUUUGCAUCUGCUGAAUAUGAUGAAGAUGAUAAAGAAGCUGAUGCUAUUUGGGAAUCUAUUGAUCAGAGGAUGGAUUCUAGGAGGAAAGAUAGGAGAGAAGCCAGGUUAAAGCAAGAAAUUGAAAAGUAUCGGGCUUCGAAUCCGAAAAUUACUGAACAGUUUGCUGAUUUAAAGAGGAAAUUGUAUACAUUGUCAAGUGAUGAGUGGGACGGUAUACCUGAAAUAGGGGAUUAUUCGUUGCGAAACAAGAAGAAGAGGUUUGAGAGUUUUGUGCCUGUUCCUGAUACCCUUUUGGAGAAGGCUAGGCAGGAGAAAGAGCAUGUAACUGCAUUGGAUCCGAGGAGCAGGAUAGUUGGUGGCAUGGAGACACCCUCUUCACAGACGCCAGUUGCAGAUUUGACUGCGGUGGGUGAAGGGAGAGGAACUGUGUUGUCAGUGAGGUUGGAUAGGAUUUUGGACUCUGUUACUGGGCAAACUGUUGUGGAUCCUAAGGGGUACUUGACUGAUUUGAAGAGUAUGAAGAUUACUAGCGAUGCUGAGAUUUCCGAUAUAAAGAAGGCUCGAUUGUUGCUUAAGUCGGUUACUCAGACGAAUCCAAAGCAUCCUCCUGGUUGGAUAGCAGCUGCUAGAUUGGAGGAGGUUGCAGGGAAGAUGCAGGUAGCAAAACAGUUGAUAAAGAAAGGUUGUGAGGAGUGUCCUAAGAAUGAGGAUGUCUGGUUGGAGGCGUGCCGUUUGGCGAGCCCCCUUGAGGCUAAGUCAGUGAUUGCUCAAGGUGUUAAAGCAAAUCCUAAUUCAGUCAAGUUGUGGAUGCAGGCUUCAAAGUUGGAGGAUGAUACGGCAAACAAGAGCCGUGUGUUGAGGAAAGGUCUAGAGCAUAUCCCCGAUUCAGUGAGGUUGUGGAAAGCUGUUGUGGAGUUGGCCAAUGAAGAAGAUGCUAGACUUUUGCUUCAGAGGGCUGUGGAAUGCUGUCCAUUGCAUGUGGAGCUGUGGCUUGCUCUUGCUAAGUUGGAAACUUAUGAAAAUGCUAAGAAGGUACUUAACAAGGCUAGAGAAAAGCUGCCUAAAGAGCCUGCCAUCUGGAUAACUGCAGCUAGGCUUGAAGAAGCCGAUGGGAAUACUGCCUCAGUUGGGAAAAUUAUUGAAAGGGCAAUCAGGGCUUUGCAGAGAGAAGGUUUGGAGAUUGACAGGGAGGCUUGGAUGAAGGAGGCUGAAGGAUGUGAAAGAGCCGGUUCUCUUGGGACUUGCCAAGCUAUAAUAAAUAACACUGUUGGGGUUGGUGUUGAGGAAGAAGAUAGGAAGAGGACCUGGGUUGCUGAUGCUGAGGAGUGCAAGAAAAGGGGUUCUAUUGAAACAGCAAAAUACAUUUAUGCACAUGCUCUUACUGUAUUUAGAACUAAGAAAAGCAUCUGGCUUAAAGCUGCACAGCUCGAGAAAAGUCAUGGCACCAGGGAAUCGCUUGAUGCACUGCUUCGAAAAGCAGUUACCUAUAUUCCAAAGGCUGAGGUUCUAUGGUUGAUGGGUGCCAAGGAGAAGUGGCUUGCUGGUGAUGUUCCUGCAGCUCGAGCAAUUCUGGAGGAAGCAUUUGCGGCAAUUCCUGACUCUGAGGAGAUAUGGCUUGCUGCUUUCAAGCUAGAGUUUGAGAACCGUGAGACAGAGAGGGCAAGGAAACUUCUUGCUAAGGCACGUGAAAGGGGAGGCUUGGAACGGGUCUGGAUGAAGUCUGUCAUUGUGGAGAGAGAGCUUGGAAAUGUGGAUGAGGAGAGGAGAUUACUUGAUGAAGCAUUGAGGCGCUUCCCCUCAUUUUUCAAACUUUGGUUGAUGUUGGGACAGUUGGAAGAAAGACUUGGUAAUUCUAACAAGGCAAAGGAUGCAUUUGAAUCUGGCAUUAAGAAUUGCCCCAAUUGUAUACCCCUUUGGCUAUCCCUUGCUUCUCUAGAGGAGAAGAUGAAUGGGCUAAGCAAAGCUCGAGCAGUUCUUACCAUGGCCAGGAAGAGGAAUCCUCAAAACCCUGAGCUAUGGCUUGCAGCUGUGCGGGCUGAAGCUAGGCAUGGCUACAAAAGGGAAGCUGAUGUUCUGAUGGCUAAAGCAUUGCAGGAGUGCCCCAACAGUGGCAUUCUAUGGGCUGCUUCAAUUGAGAUGGCUCCUCGGCCUCAAAGAAAAACCAAGAGCUCUGACGCUUUAAAGAAGUGUGAUCAUGAUCCUCAUGUUAUUGCUGCUGUGGCUAAGCUGUUUUGGCAGGAGAGGAAAGUAGACAAAGCAAGAAAUUGGUUCAACAGGGCAGUGACCCUUGCACCAGAUAUUGGUGAUUUCUGGGCAUUGCAUUUCAAAUUUGAACAGCAGCAUGGAGCAGAAGAGCAGAGGAGCGAUGUGCUGAAGAGAUGUGUUGCUGCAGAGCCAAAGCAUGGUGAAAAAUGGCAAGCUACUGCAAAGGCCGUAGAGAACUCUCAUGAACCGACUGAAAGCAUAUUGAAGAAGGUGGUAGCCACACUAAAGAAGGAGGAGACUCUGGCUGAAAAUAACCACAACUAAUCUGCUACAGUGGUAAUUCCCAGGGUAACUUUAAAGACAACAAAAGAAAUAAAAGACAAUAAUGGAAAAAGAGAAGCGAUCAAGGGCUGGACUCUUUUCUAACAGGGUGAGUCAGUAGGCUCUUGAAAAGAGAGGAUAAAUCAGCUGGCGUCCAACUCCACAUAUGGUGAAGAAUAUCCUAGAGCUAGAUACUAUAGAAGAAACAAGCAUGCAGGAUGCACUCAUUCUCAAAUAUGGCACACAUGACAAUUCUAUCACCAUGCCUGAUUACCUCAACUCAGUCCAUGACAAGUCCAUGGACCUUGCAGUGAUUUUCUUUAGGAAAGUUGUCAAAGAGGUUAACAAGCAUGCAACGAGAAAAACCUGAAGCCGCUACCCUUUGGGUGUGCACAGGGUAAAACCCCCGUUCUUAUGCAAUAGUUCGCUGGUAAGGGAUUUUGAACUAGGCAAGCCCGGUGCGACAACCUCGACCCAGAAGGCAAACCCCUUACUUUUGCUGGUAAGGGAUUUCGAACUCUCGCUACCUUUUUUAGACCUCUCUCUUCUUCGCUAGCUAAAUCUAAGAGACCGAUGGAAUUAAUUAAUUGCUAGGUAAAUUAGCAUCCAACGUAAUAGAAUUUAUUAUUUUAUGUUACUUAUGAAUGUUUUGUGCGUUGUCAGAGAAAAUCAAUCAAGGCAGUUUUUUGGGACUUAGUAGGUGCUGACAAUCUUGAAAACAUUGUACUGGCAGUUAUCAAUGAAACAGUUUGGUUGAGCUGGUCAAAAGAUGAUCUCUUUAUUAGCUUUUAAUAUCUACGAACUUAAAGGUCUUGACUUUUCUUGAGUCUUUAGCUCAGCCAAUAGAAACAAUUAACAGUUGUUGAGCGAACGAUAAUUUUGUGUUAGUUGACCUAAGCUGCACCCUUACUGCUGGGGUAGGGCUAGGCCUCUAAUCCCUACGUGCCCUUGAAAUAACGUCAGUGCAUCACAAAUUUAUCAUUGUUGUUUUUACAUCACACUUUGAUCGAAUAUGGCAGCUGGUAUGACCAGACUCUUUCUGAACAUACUUAUCCAACCCAAUGGAGGCAAAUGACUUCAGAAUUUGCAGCUUAUCUGAGCAAGUCCUUAGUAAGUGCUUAAAACUUACCCAGGUAAGAGUCAAUGAAGCAUAAUUUCCAGCUGAAGCACAAUAGUUGCAGUAGUUUAUUCUCAGCUACCUAAGUUAAGGUUGUGGUUUUGUCUGUGCAUGUUGAUUUCCUUCAUGGCUGUUAUGUUGGGGACCUUAGUGGAGAAGGGCUAUAAACUUGUCUUAGGUGAAACUGAAAAAAUCACUUGGUUUUGGUGAAGCAAAAAGCAACAUAAUCUAAAAGUUUGAAACCCUUAGACGGGGGUGAGAGAUGGCAAAUAAGUUUAACUGAUGCUAUUUUGUAAUUUAAUAGAUUAGGGAACAUAAGUUAUUGCACUGAACUCUUUCUUCCUUAGGCAAGGUAUUAUAUUGACUUAUGUUAUGAUUGUUAAGGCUAUGAUUGUUAAGGCUUGUCCUUUAAAAGGGUACUUAUGAUGCUAGUGUUGAAUAAUCUCGAAGCUGCAGGUAUUGCAGCUAAGACCACUCAUGACACCAUCAAUUUUCAUUUGUGGUAAGAUUCAAGAAAACUGAUCAUGAGCAAGUUUGACGGUUUUAUCAGAACCGUGCCUUUUAUUUUGGUUUUCUCUUGCCUCUCACCCCAUCCUCCUCUUUUCCUUCCUAUGUUUGGGUCAAAAAUUGGUCUUUUCCCUCUUUUCUUUUUCACAGUAUACAAAGGUUUGUAACUCCAUGUGACUGAAUAAUUCACAAAUCAAGACUAUUCUAUGCUUCAACUCUCCAGCAGUUAUGUCUCUCCUCUGCCUUGGUUCUUGCAAAAUGGACGUUACAAUGAGUGGAUCUUGGGCAGAUAGGUUGACAAAUUCUGUUUGGUACAGAUCUCAUAUUCUAGCAGAACAGGAUGGAUUAGCAUCUUGAUCAUGUUCCAAUGUGAAAAUAGUUCAGCAAUUUGCUUUACUUGACAUUUAAGAAUGUUUAACAGAACCAGACGGAGAAGACGCACCGAUGCAGACAUCAUAUUGUGCACUUCUUUUGGCCAGAACUUCAGCUGCUGGUAGCAACAACGCAGCCUCCACGAUCUCUGUUCAUCAUCUUCUACAACAGCGCAGCCUCUAAACCCAAUGGUCCAGCUGGUUGGUUCUACAACGUUGCCACUAAUAAAAAGGCUUCAUCUGAUUACUCUGCUUGGACUGCUAAACAGACUUUCAAUUUUGAUGACUAACCAAGAAAUUCGAGCAUAGCCAAAAAAGGAAGAAGAAUGAGGCGAUAGAGAAAAAUGGGAUUUUCUAUAAAAGGGUGGUUGCCCAUCUUUGCUUUGCCAGUGAUUUCUCCAUUAAUGGAACAAAAAAUCAACAACCCUUUGAAAAACAAACAUUAUACCUUCAUCCAAACACACGUUAAUACUCUUCUUGCUUUUUCUUUUUUUCUUUCUCAUUUCUUUGUGCUGCUGAUAUUGUAAAUGGGCCAUGAUGAUUGAUUGCUUUCUUUCUAGGCUAUGUUCAAUCACGGCAUUGAGAAAAAUUCGACCCGUAGCUUGAUCAGGCGACCCGGUUAAGGCUUUGAAUAGCAAAUUGGUGUCUGCAGCCAUGGCGGCGUCGCUUUUCCCUUUUGCUUUAUUAAGAAAUACAACAAAUUUGAGCCCUUAAUCACCGUUAACAUAGGAUAUAUUUGUUGGAGGAAGAAGAAUGGUUUAAUUAAUAUUCUCAUAAUUAAUACACAACUCUUCAUUUCAAAAUCAGUG